GAGGUCGCCCUGCUGUAGGGAUGUGCCUUACUCUUUGUUGUCAUCCUCGCUGUUGUCCAGUCGCUGAGUGACUGGGUGGCUGAAAUGUGCCUUUUGUUUGUGUGGUGAUCUGCGUACCAUCUCCAUGAAGACGAUGCCGGAGCUGAACACUGAGAUCCCUCAAUGCCUCGUGUCGAGUCCGCUGCUGCUCUUCUGUACGUGAUGCUGAAGCGGGAGGCACGGAGGAAGACAGCAUCCAUGCUGAGCACUCAAUAACUGUCCGGCCUGUCAAUGAACAUGCUAUUGAGGUUCACAGAAUAAAGAUGUCGCCGUUGAUGCUGGCUGUCGGAGUGUGCUUAGCUGGGUGGAUUGCUCUUUAUGCUUUGCUGUGCUAUGCAAAUGGCACUUGUGGCUAUGAAUGGAACUGUCGGCUAGUUACACUAUUCCAUGGCAUCCUUGCAGUCUGUAUAACUGCUUACAUUGGAUACAUAGAUGGACCGUGGCCUUUCACCAACCCAGGUACAAAGAACACCGCUCUGCAGAUCACCGCUAUGGUGGUCAGUCUGGGCUACUUUAUCUUUGACAUGGCCUGGUGUGUGUACUUCCGCACCGAGGGCCUGGUGAUGCUCGCUCACCACACCAUGAGCAUCCUGGGUAUUCUGCUCACUCUCUGGUUGGGCGAGUCGGGCGUCGAGGCUUGUGCCGUGCUGUUUGGCAGCGAGAUCACGAACCCCCUCCUCCAGACGCGUUGGUUCUUGAAACACUCUGGCCGCUACAACAGCUUACUGGGAGACGUGGUGGACGUUCUGUUCGUUCUGCUGUUUGUAUUCAUGCGCAUUUUUGUCGGCGGCAACAUGCUGUACUGUGAGCUGAUCUCUCCGAAACCUAAGUUCAUCAUUAAGUGUGGCGGCGUGGCCAUGUAUGCGCUGUCCUGGGUGUUCAUGGCUGACAUCGGGCCUUUCGCAUACCGCAAAUCCCUGGUCAAAUACCAGCACUGGAUGAAUCGUCACAGGAUGGCAGAGGUCAACGGGCAGGACAUGAAGAGAGACUGAAAGAUCUCUUAGAUGCAGCCAGUAGAUUGGCCUCUUGUUUCUAACACUGGAGAGAAGAAUGAGAAUCAGCGUUACAGCUAAUAAAUCUCUGCCUCUAAUAGAUGUUUACAUAUUUUUUAAAAAGGAUAUCAGCCAUUAAAGUUCACUUCUGGCUGGUAAUAUACUACACAUGGGAAAACCCAUGCUGUAUCAGAGCCCUUAAAAGUUUUUUAUUUACCAUUAUGAUUAACAAAAAAAUUCUUACAAUCAAAUCUAAUGUGAUAUAUUUGUACUCAUAAGGAAUUAAGUGUUUAAACUGUUAAGUACUGGAAAUAUUUGAUAUUUUUGUAAUUAGGAACUACUUGUGAUACAUUUGAAUUAGUAAUGCACAUUCUUUCCCAUUAAACUUUUAGUAUGUGCAAUGUUCAGAAAUGAUCAUGAAAGUCUACUAAUUGUUUCUGGAAGAUUACUGAAUGCUUUGUGUGUGAUUAAUGACUUCGAAUGUAAAAGUAAAUCCAAAAAGUCUUGUUAUUGAAAUGUAACCAUUUUCAAAUUGUGAAGUUGAGUGAUGACGAAUGGUGAAUUGAUUACACCAGUUGAUAAAAUCAAUAAACAUCAUCAUCAUC